AUCAUGCGCCGACGCACGAGUCUUGCGUGCAUAAUCGCACGUGUUUCAAAAUGUCUGCCGUCUGUGUUGUUGUCGUGUGCUGAGCUGUUCAUUUUUUUUUUUUUUAGCACCAAUCGUUUUUUUAUUAUUCUAACUAGUUCAAAGUGUUGAAAAAGUAUAAAAAGUGCUGAUACUAAUCACAAUGGCUCAAAGAAAGAAGAAGCUAACUAAGAAAAAGAGACAGACUGGCCACCGGGAGCCUGACGAGUCGGAUGGUGGAGAUUUCGAAGUUGCUGUUAAAAUUAGGGACGAUGAUUCUGUAAGAACCAUUUCAUUUUUCUGUUAUUGUAGCUAGGUAAACAAUUUGCUGUAGUCAUUUGAGCAAACGUAUGUAAAUCUACCUGCUAUGAAUUUACUUAGCUAGUUGCUAACCCUCUGCUAGCUAACAUGCUAACUAGGCAAUUAGCGGUGGAUGUCAACUUGUGUGCAGGGUUUUCCUGUUGUGGGGCUUUGCGUAACGUUAGGCCUAGAAUUGAUUUAUGGUCAAUUACAUGAACCAUUAUUAAAGCUAGAAUCCUAAUUGAAACAAUAAGAGAGCGUGCUCCCCACCCCGGUUUCGCUAAGGAAUGAGGCUGGAGAAAUGUAAUCACUCAAAUUCAUAGACAUAGCUAUGGAUGCAAGGAUAGAUCAUCCAUAAUAUCACAUCGUUUUAACCAUGUGUUGAGGCUAUACAGUGUUUGUUUACGUUUACUAAAAUUGGAGUAAAACAAGCUUAUAUUUUCGGUUCUGAUGCGGUACGACAUGCAUUUAUAAGUUAUAUUCUGCAAUAAUCAAUGGGUAUAACGUUAUAUUGUAGCGAAGUGAACCCGGGUCUCUGGCAUGAAAGGCAAAUACUCUACGCAUCGCGCUAACCCACUUGGUGGGAACCGUCAUGUGACUAAUAUAGCUAGCGCGUAAUCCGAAUGGGAACCCACGUCCCCGUGCUUCGACAUUCGUUCAAGGCCCUUCACGCGUCCGACCGUGCGUUCCGAUGGACUCACGGCGCCAUCCCACUUCUGACACUAGUGUAGCGAGCGGGAACGCAAUCCCGGGUCUCUGGCGUAAAAGGCAAACACCCUGCACAUCGCGCCAAUAGGGUUAACCCACUUGGUCGGAAUUGUAACUAGGUGCAUAUAGCGAGGAUCGCUACAAUGUAAUUAAUUUACAAGUCCAAAAUGGAUGUAGCAACUAAGGAUACUAGCUUUUAAAGUAGCGCUAGAUUUGGAUUUGAGUGGGAGAUGAUUAUGAGUUUCAGUCCCCAUAAUGACAAUGUCAUGGUAUUUCAUACAAUGCAUGUGUUUUUCAGCAUGGAAGAAAGUUACCCCGGUUCCCUGGUGCUUCAUCAGAGUGUCUGUCUGAUGUUGAACCAGACACAAGGGAGCUGGUCAGAGCUCAGAACAAGAAGAAAAAGAAGUCUGGGGGCUUCCAGUCCAUGGGUGAGAAAUUUGAGUAGGCUUAUCUGAAGGCCAUCUUUGUAAGACACUUACAGAUGUUAUACAACAGGGGUGUCAAACUCAUUCCAUGGAGGGCCUAGUACAGGUUUUUGUUUUUCCCUUUCAAUUAAGACCUAGACAACCAGGUGAGGGGGAGUUCCUUACUAAUGAGUGACCUUACCCCGUAGAGUCUAUUGACACACCGGUGCGUCUAUAAGUUAUAUAAUACAAAAAAAUCCCCAUCAAAAUCCACCAGUUUAAGCUACAGUGACUCAUCAGAAGGUAACCGGUACAGGUAAAAUAAAUUAAUGGAAAUGUGGAGGUAGUUUUGUGCCUACCCCCCCAAAUUUUUUUUUGUUAAAUAUGUGUAAUUAAAAAAUAUAUAUAUACACUACCAGUCGAACGUUUGGACACGCCUACUCAUUCAAGGGUUUUUCUUUAUUUUAAAUAUUUUUUACAUUGUAGAAUAAAAGUGAAGACAUCAAAACUAUGAAAUAACACACAUGGAAUCAUGUAGUAACCAAAAAAGUGUUAAACAUAUCAAGAUAUAUUUUAUAUUUGAGAUUCUUCAAAUAGCCAUCCUUUGCCUUGAUGACAGCUUUGCACAUUCUUGGCAUUCUCUCAACCACCUUCAUGAGGUAGUCACCUUGAAUGCAUUUCAAUUAACAGGUGUGCCUUCUUAAAAGUGAAUGAAUUUAAGGAAUUUCUUUCCUUAAUGCGUUUGACCCAAUCAGUUCUGUUGUGACAAGGUGGGGAGGUAUACAGAAGAUAGCCCUAUUUGGUAAAAGACAGAGUCCAUAUUAUGGCAAGAACAGCUCAAAUAAGGAAAGAGAAAUGACAGUCCAUCAUUACUACAUUUCAAGGACAUUUAAAGUUUCUUCAAGUGCAGUCGCAAAAACCAUCAAGCGCUAUGAUAAAACUGGCUGUCAUGAGGACCGCCACAGGAAUGGAAGAACCAGAGUUACCCCUGUUGCAGAGGAUAAAUUCAUUAGAGUUACCAGCCUCAAAAAUUGCAGCUGAAAUAAAUGCUUCACAUAGUUCAAGUAACAGACACAUCUCAACAUCAAUUGUUCAGAGGGGACUGUGUGAAUCAGGCCUUCAUGGUCGAAUUGCUGCAAAGAAACCACUAUUAAAGGACACCAAUAAGAAGAAGAGACCUGCUUGGGCCAAGUAUCACGAGCAAUGGACAUUAGACCGGUGGAAAUUUGUCCUUUAGUCUGGAGUCCAAAUUGGAGAUUUUUGGUUCAAACCGCUGUGUCUUUGUGAGACGUGUGGGUGAACGGACGAUCUCCGCAUGUGUAGUUCCCACCGUAAAGCAUGGAGGAGGUGGUGUUAUGGUGUGGGGGUGCUUUGCUGGUGACACCGUCUGUGAUUUAUUUCGAAUUCAAGGCACACUUAACCAGCAUGGCUACCACAGCAUUCUGCAGCGAUACGCCAUCCCAUCUGAUUUGGGCUUUGUGGGACUAUCAUUUGUUUUUCAACAGGACAAUGACCCAACACACCUCCAGGCUGUGUAGGGGCUAUUUGACCAAGAAGGAGAGUGAUGGAGUGCUGCGUCAGAUGACCUGGCCUCCACAAUUCCCUGAUCUCAACCCAAUUGAGAUGGUUUGGAAUGAGUCGGACAGCAGAUUGAAGGAAAAGCAGUCAACAAGUGCUCAGCAUAUGUGCGAACUCCUUCAAGACUGUUGGAAAAGCAUUCCAGGUGAAGCUGGUUGAGAGAAUGCCAAGAAUGUGCAAAGCUGUCAUAAAGGCAAAAGGUGGCUAUUUGAAGAAUCUCAAAUAUAAAAUAUAUUUUGAUUUGUUUAACACUUUUUUGGUUACUACAUGAUUCCAUAUGUGUUAUUUCAACGUUUUGAAGUCUUCACUAUUAUUCUACAAUGUAGAAAAUAGUAAAAAUAAAGAAAAACCCUUGAAUGAGUAUGUGUCCAAACUUUUGACUGGUACUGUGUUUCCUGAGCUUUCUUAUAUCUCCUAGAUAUAGGACAUGCAUCAAAACCUUAUUCCGUAUAAUACAUCUCUUUUGCCAUUCAUGAAUGUGGUGUUAUUCAAUGCGUUUCUAUGGGAUUUGGUACUAAAGGCCAAACUGCAAUAUUUUAUCAACAAAACAAUCAUAUAUUAUUUUGCCACUGGGUCCUACAUUUCAAAAUCAAAUGGCUAAAUGAUCCAUGUGGUGUGGUGGGGAUCCAUACCAACGUCUUAGAUUCUAGAGAAUGAAUACAUCAAUCAACAACAAGGAAGGAGCGAAAACCAGCAGACACUCGGCCCUCCGUGGAAUGAGUUUGACGUGUUAUAUAGCAAUGUGUCCUGAGUAUGUCGUAACAGCCAUCUUUUGUUAAUUGCAGGUCUCAGUUACCCCGUUUUUAAAGGAGUCAUGAAGAAGGGCUACAAAGUCCCUACUCCAAUCCAGAGAAAGGUAUGCCAGUGCCCUUAGAUCUUUCACUAAUAUAUCAGGUUGAUUGUUUAUGAGACCUCUCUCCCUCUCAGACUAUCCCCGUGAUUCUAGAUGGCAAGGACAUGGUUGCCAUGGCAAGGACAGGCAGCGGAAAGACUGCUGCGUUCUUGGUGCCCAUGUUUGAGAAGCUGAAGGUCCCCCAGGCCCAGACGGGGGCCAGGGCUCUAAUUCUGACCCCCACCAGAGAGUUGGCACUGCAAACCAUGAAGUUCACCAAAGAGGUCAACAUCACUUUACAAUAUAAUAUACAUAUUUGUAUGUAAACGGGCUAAUCUUUGAUUUUUCAGGGAUAGUAUGUUGUUUUGGUCAGUAACAGCAAAUAGUAACUAUAUUCCCUUUAUUGUAUUUCAGUUGGGAAAAUUCACCGGCCUUAAGACAGCUUUGAUCCUUGGUGGAGACAGGUAUUAAUUACAUCUUCAGUCUUGUUGUGUUUUAAAUGUGUUAUUGUCCUUACAAGCAUCAAUUGAACAAGGCCACUGUGCCAGACGGAAUACAUUUUUCUUUUUUUACAUUUUAGUAAUUUAGCAGAUGCUCUUAUCCAGAGCGACUUACAGUUAGUGAGUGCAUACAUUAUUUUUUUAUUUUUCAUACUGGCCCCCCGUGGGAAUCGAACCCACAACCCUGGCGUUGCAAACGCCAUGCUCUACCAACUGAGCUACAUCACUGCCGGCCAUUCCCUCCCCUACCCUGGACACCGCUGGGCCAAUUGUGCGCCGCUCCAUGGGUCUCCCGGUCGCGGCCGGCUACGACAGAGCCUGGAUUCGAACCAGGAUCUCUAGUGGCACAGCUAGCACUGCGAUGCAGUGCCUUAGACCACUGCGCCACUCGGGAGGACAGGGCACAUUCUCAAAGCAUGCGCAGACCAGCUGGCAAGUGUAUUCACAGACAUUUUCAAUCUAUCCUUGUCCCAGUCUAAUCCCAACAUGUUUCAAGCUGACCACCAUUGUCCCUGUUCCCCAAUAGCUCCAAGGUAACCUUCCUAAAUGACUAUCGCCCUGUAGCACUCACAUCUGUAAUUAGGAACUGGUUUGAAAGGCUGGACAUGACACCAUCAUCUCAGACACCCUAGACCCACUCCAAUUUGCAUACCGCCCCAACAGAUCCACACAUGACGCAAUCUCAAUUGCACUUCACACUGCCCUCUUCCACCUGGACAAGAGGAGAAAUAACUAUGUGAGAAUUCUGUUCAUAGACUACAGCUCAGUGUUCAACACCAUAGUCCCCUCCAAGCUCAUCACCAAGCUAGGGACCCUGGGACUGAACCUCAGCAACUGGAUUCUGGACUUCCUAACGGGCCGGCCCCAGGUGAUGAGGGUAGGCAACAACACCUCCACGACACUGCUGAGCUCCCUGCCAUCCUGGACCUCUAUAUCAGGCGGUGUCAGAGGAAGGCCUGAAAAAUUGCCAAAGACUUUAGCCUCCCCAAGCCAUAAACUGUUCACUCUGCUACUGUCCGGCAAACAGUACCGAAGCAUCGGCUCUCGGACCAACAGGCUCCGAGACCGCUUCUACCCCCAAGCCAUGAGACUGUUAAAUAGUCAACUAAUGGUGCCCAAAUUAUCUGCACUGACUCUAUCUUGCACUGACCCUACGCACACUCACUAGACUAUAUUUACAAACCAUAUACACACUCACUCCCACACAAAACACUCCCACACACAUUCACAUACACUACAUAUGCACACAGACCGACACAACACACAUUCGCACACACACUUUACUAAUUUGCUGCUGCUACUCUGUUCUUUAUUUUAUUUGUAUUAUUAUCUAUCCUGAUGCCUAGUCACUUUACCCUGCCUUCAUGUACAUAUCUACCUCAAAUACCUCAUACCCCUGCACAUUGUUCUGGUACUCCCUGUAUAUAGCUCCAUUCUUGUGUUUUUAAUUUUAUUCCUCGUGUUACUAUUACUUUUUUUAUUUUUUAAACUGCAUUGUUGGGAAGGGCUUGUAAGCAAGCAUUUCACGGUAAAGUCUACACCAGUUGAAUUCGGCGCAUGUGACAUACAAUUUGAUUUGAACCUCUUGUUUAUUUUCAGAAUGGAUGAUCAGUUUGCUGCACUUCAUGAGAACCCGGACAUGUAUGUACACAAUGGCCUUCACAAUGUACUGCUGUAAUUUGCCAUAAUGCAAUUUUCAACAAUGAUAAGGUUAUGUUUUGUUGUUCUCUGCUGUAGAUUUGAGUUAUCUCUUCUGCCUACAGAAUUAUCGGUACCCCAGGUCGUCUGAUGCACGUUGUCAUGGAGAUGAACCUGAAGCUACAGAGCGUGGAGUACGUUGUGUUUGACGAGGCUGACAGGCUGUUUGAGAUGGGCUUUGCCGACCAGCUCCAGGAGAUCAUCCGGAGGCUCCCAGACAACAGACAGACACUGCUGUUCUCUGCCACCCUGCCCAAACUGCUGGUGGAGUUUGCUAGAGCUGGUAAGCCCACCCACAACCUCUGCCUUCUUGUGCAACCUUUUGAUAAUGAGUUGUGUACGAGGCAAGAUGUGUAGUGCUCUAUACGGGUUGUGUUUUGUGUAGGGUUGACGGAGCCAGUGCUGAUUCGUCUGGACGUGGAUUCCAAGCUGAGUGAGCUGCUGAAGGUAAAGCUAAAGGACUCGCUAAAACACAGUCACAAAAUGUGAAGUUUGUUUGACCCAGUUGAAUGCGACAUGUGAAACCUGUGAUUAAUUCAAUUAGUUAAUAUAAAAGUUGAAGCAUAACAUUGCAUUUUCUCCUCUCCCAGCUGUCGUUCUUCCACCUGAGGAUGGAUGAUAAGCCGGCUCUGCUUCUCCACCUGCUGAGGAACGUGGCGAAGCCUCAGGAGCAGACGGUGGUCUUUGUUGCCACCAAACACCAUGUCGAGUACCUCAAAGAGGUGAGACCCACGUGAAUAAAAGGGUAAACUAAUGGAAGGUUUGGUUGUCCUCAGCCUUUUUUAGACUCUAACUCUUUGUGUUACCCUAUGUUUAGCUGCUGUCCUCUGAGGGUGUGGAGUGUGCCUACAUCUACAGUGCCCUGGACCAGACUGCCAGGAAGAUCAACAUUGGUAAAUUUGUUCACCGCAAGGCCAUGGUGUUGAUCGUGACAGACGUGGCUGCUCGCGGUAUAGACAUCCCCCUGCUGGACAAUGUCAUCAACUACAACUUCCCCUCCAAGGCCAAACUUUUCCUGCACAGAGUCGGUGGGUAAUUCAAACAGUUGACCAGCAUGUUGACCAUUAAUUGUGGUGAUGUUUUAGGUUAUCUUGACUUGUCAUUUAUGUACUUGGGACAGAAAGGCCAAUGACAAAACCAUCUGAAUCAAUGAAAUAUAGUGCCUUCCUCACCAUUGACUGUUGGCUCAUCUCUGCCUUUUCAACAUCAGGUCGAGUGGCGCGCGCAGGCCGCGGUGGCGCAGCCUAUAGCCUGGUGUCUACAGAUGAGAUACCUUUUGUCUAUGACCUCCAUCUCUUCCUGGGGAGACCCCUUCAGCUGGCUACACCUGACCACCAACAAGGUACCAGCACUGGGCGAAACAUGUCAUACACAGUAUGAGGGAAUGGAGCCAUUGCUUACCCCUGCAGUUGUCUGUUCAAACUUGUUUUCUGUCAUAGGUACUCAAUUCUCUUGCUUACUCUCAGACAUAAAAAAGAAAAUUCUCAGACUGGCCAAUAAAAGUAAAAUAUUAAAAUGGGCAGUCUGAGAUAAGGCUUUUUCUUUGCAACUCUGCCUAGAAGGUCAGCAUCCUGGAGUCGCCUCUUCACUGUUGACGUUGAGACUGGUGUUUUGCGGGUACUAUUUAAUGAAGUUGCCAGUUGAGGACCUGUGAGGAGUCUGUUUCUAACACUCUCUUUCUCCAUCUCCUGCUUAAUAUCUUUCUCUCCCUUCUUCCCUCCGUCCAGAGUCAGACGGUGUGUUUGGUCGUGUUCCCCAGAGCAUCCUGGAUGAUGAGGAAUCCCAGCUGAUCACGGCCCAUGAGAACUCUCAUGACCUGCAGAACCUGCGCCGAAUAGCGGACAACGCCUACAAGCAGUACAUCAAAUCCCGGCCCAUGCCCUCACCAGAGUCCUUUAAACGGGUCAAGAACACAGAGCUCCCCAGCAUGGCUGUCCACCCACUGUUAGGUCAGUAGGAUGACUGACCUGUUAACAGAAUGGUCUUUCCAGUGCGCUGCAGAUGGUCCUUAAAGUUGUGAUGUUAAUCAAUGAAGUUUCUGUCUCAAUGGAUCCUCAUCAGAUUUAAUGUUCUCUCAUAAAAAUCCCACACAGACGCUCCCUUACGCUUGCUAAGAUAUUAACCCACAUUUCAUUUGUCUAUUGCCAGGGUCAGGCUUGGAGAAAAUGGAACUGGAGCGCCUUCAAAUGGUGGACUGCAUUAAGGGCUACAAGGCUAGAGCUGUGAGUUUGGAUUGAAAAUGCAUAUUGGAAGCUAUUCUCUAUAAUGAAUGAAUAACCGUUAGUAAUACUGUUUUAAACAACCAUGGCACUUUUUCUCCAGACGAUCUUUGAGAUCAAUUCGAACAGCAAGACCAACGCCAGCGUGGUAAUGCGAGCGAAGCGUACCAGGGACAUGCGGCUGGUGGAUAGGUUCACACAGAAGAAGGAGGUUCUGGCUGCAGAGGGCAGGUAUCACGUUCCUGUCACUCCCCUACCCUCCACACACCACACAGCAGACCAGGAGGACAGUGAAGAGGAGGACCUUCAGGUUAGCACUACUGAGUAUCCAUCUAGCAUGUAUGUGUUCCAUUGCUAAUCAACAAUGGUGCGUAGCACCACCACAGACAAAGUAGUAUCAUAUGACUAAUCAGGAUGUCAUUUCUCCACCAGGGUGUGUUUUCUGAGGUGGUGGGGGGGAAGCGGAGGAAGCCACAGGAGGACGGCCGUACGGAGAGGCCAGACAGCAAGAAGACCAAACAGACAGGCCGCGAUGAGGAGAACUACAUCCCCUAUAGACCCAAGGACUUCAACUCUGAAAGAGGGUAUGGGAAAGGCUGACUACACAGUCCACUCCGCUUUAACGGCUUUAAAAACAAGACCAAAAUAGUCAUUCUGUGAAUGUGGGCUAAUGGUACAACAGAGCCAUAGUGAUAUUGACUCUGGGUGUGUGUUUUCAGACUGAGCCUGGGAGCGGAGGGCACAACGUUUGAGCAGCAGGCUUCUACUGCUGUUCUGGACCUGAUGGGAGACGAAGGAGACAGACUCAACCAGCACAAACACAUGAUGAAGUGGUAAGAGAGAACACCACGGCACAUACAGACACACACACACACACCCCAUGCGACCUCACUUGACGUCUCCUCCAUCUCUCUGCAGGGAUCGCAAGAGAAAGCGCUUUGUCAAAGAAACAGGAAAGGAGGCAGACCAGAAGAAGAAGAAGAGAACGGAGAGCGGACAGAUGAUCAACAACAAGAAUAAGAAGAACUUGUAUCCUUUUUGUCAUGUCAAACUGAUCUUUACUGAUGAAAGCUUUUAAUAAGGUCUAGGAGGGAAAUUCCAACACCCUCAGCUUAUUGUGCAUAAGUCCUCACUCUUUAAUUGUACCACUGCAAUGUUAUUAGGAUGUUCUAUCUCCUUGACCCUGUGUGUCGCAGCUAUGAGGAGUGGAAGAAGAAGUACAAGGUGGACGAUGGAGGGGGUGGAGAUUCGGAUGGAGAGACCGGAGGCAGAGGAAGGAGGGGUGGAGGAGGUAGGAGUGCAAAUCAUCACAGGGCUGUAGCUAGAGUUUUGAUCGGUUGUUUGUGAUGGGUCUGAUGAAUGACUAAUGUCUCUUAAGUAAAGCUGACAUCCCUUUUGGACAUUCUCCAAGCUCCAGUCUUAGGGCUCUACUACCUAAGAUCUAUUCCGAAACACUCACAGCAAUAUCCAGUUUGAUGUAUUUGCAAAACAGCAUGUCAAAAUAAUGAACAAUUGAAAUGCUGCCUAGGCCCUUCUCUUCUCUAAUCCUGUCUCACUCCCUCUCUCUCUUCCAGGUCGAGGCAGGCCUGGAAGGGGCCGAGGUGGCCCAUCCAGGGGCCCCAACUCCCAACCCCUGGGGCCCCCAGGGCAGCAAAGGGAUGGUAGCGGUGGCUCCCGGGGCCCGCGCUCGGAGCUGAAGAGCAGAGAUCAGAUCCUGAAGCAGCGCAGAAAAACAGAGAAACAGAGGUUCCUGCAGAGCGGAGGCUUGAAGAAGCUCCGGGGCAAGGGCAAGCAGCGCCUCAACGAUCAAAAGAAGUCAGGCUUUGGCCGUGGUGUCCACAAGAAGGGCAAGAUGAAGAAGAGACUGUGAGGGAGGGGGUGAUGAAUAGGUGAGAGAUGGAAGGAUUGGCAGAGAGAGGUGACAAUGGAUGGAGGCUUUUUUUAAACCUCCAUCGGGGGGUUAUGGAGAAACUCCAAGGGUGGAUCUCAAUAGCCUAAAGUUGCCUUUCUCUCAUGACUCCUCUCCAUUUGUACUGGUCGGUCAGUGCAGAUGUAUGAAGAGAAACAAGCAGAGGAAGACAUUUUAGACUAUUGAGAUGCACCCUAACCCAAAGGGUUCUUGCAGAGCUCCAUGUAUGAUACAGCAGUGCGGUGUCAUGAUAAGAUCCCCAUCCGUGUCCACAUAUUUUAUGUGCCCCUAGCCUUGAUGCAGAGAUUUUGCAUAACAGGGCUAGAGUGAUUGAAACCUGUCUUUUACAAAUAUAUGUGCAUCAUAACCUAUCCAGAUGGAUUGCACUCUUAAUAUGAUAUUUGUUUAUGUAUAUUAUUAAUUCAAAGCUAAUACAAAUGUGAUUGUGUUAUCUGUGACUGUGUCAUUCUUUCAUUAGAAAGUCUUAGGAGGAACUGAAAAACCCAUGACAGUAGAUAAUACAAAGCUGCCUAAUGAGCACUGUGAAAUACAUUCCUGUUUUCUCUGGGCAGUGGAGCAUUGAGGAGGUCAACCACAUUGUGCAAGAAUAACCUUCUGCCAUUCUUCACCACAAGGUGGCAGUAAAGCCUAGAGAGAAGUCUGCCAGAGGAAACUCGUGUCACUACCAAGAUGUUUUUAAGAGAUCUGUAUUCAUUUGACCCAGCUGACAGCAGAGCAACCAGAGGGUGUUGAGAGAUUGACUCCGGGCCAAGAGUGUGGUGGAGAUUGACGUUCACUAGAAUAAGGAGAAUU